AGGCAGCUUGAAAAUCGCGAAGAACAUAAAUCUUAUUUCGACCAACAAAAUGAAAUUCACUUUGCUCCUGCUCAUCGCCAGCGUUGCCUGCAUUGUGGCCGCACCCGCACCGGCUCCCGCCGCCGAGGAGCAACAAGAGUCCGCCGUGAAGGCCAAGAGGGGCUUGUCACUGGGCUUGGGUUACCACGCCCCCCUGGUGACCCAUUCGCAUUACAUCGCCGCCCCCACGGUGGUGCACCACGCUCCGAUAAUCUCGCAUGCACCGCUCAUCGCCCACGCGCCUCUGAUUGCCCACCACCCGAUAUCCUCGGUCUCGUACCACCUGCCUAGCUACCACUCCAUCCACCACUUCUAAUUUCCUCGGCGGCACCAACAAGUCACCUUUGAUUUUCAACAGCACACCCCAAUUUUCAUAAAUGCAUUCGAAUUCCAAACAAAGAGUCCAAACAAUUCCCCAAUGCUUUGUAAAUAAACGUUCAAGUCAAGUGCGGUUUCCUUAAGGUUUUGCUCUAUUUUAUUGGCAUUAAGAUUGGUAUUUAAUGGGAUUGAAGAUUGGUCCAGAUAUUAAACAGCCAAAUUAUAUUGAAACCAACGUCGUAAAUCGAUCACAUCUGUAAUCUCACCAAA